AAGAGCUUUCCGAGUCCGCUGACUAGAAUACCCUAACUGCUGUCUAGGUAGGGAGCUUACUAGGUUUUGACAGCUUCAGCUACUUCCUCAUCAGGACAGUCACAUGGGAAGGUUACGAUCGUUUAAAUAUGGCUGCUGUUAGAGGAUGUUAGUCUGUUGAGCGGCUGGAGUACAGCGAAACAGCUGUGUCUUCGUUUAGAUUUGUUAUAGAGAUGCCGGAUUAUAAAUAGGUGUAUAUAAGCGGCGACGAUUGCUAGAUGCAUCAGUUUUAUGGAAGGUGACGUUAAAUGUCUGUCAGACUGGAGAGCAUCGUCUUCAAGCUCAUGGAUAUCAUAUCGUGAUCUGGCUCAGUGGACUAAACCAGCCGUGCUGCAAAGACAGAGAGAGAGUCCUCAGUGCACAGUGUGUUUAUGAUUUGUGCUUUCAAAAUGAUCAUUGUUUGAGAUUCUGAGUAUGGAAGCAUAAUUCAGCUGAUGUCUCUCUAUAUACUCCGAGAACAUGAUUGGCUCUCCAGAUGUGGUGGCUUUUACCAAAGAAGAUGACUUUGGGGACUCAUUCUCAGAUCCAUUCUCACUUCCAGAGGAGUUUUCAGUGCCUUUGUUUGCUCAUGCUGCCAAUGCAAAUCCCUGGACGAAGACAUCCUAUGCAAAAUUCUCAAAAGAUUUCAUACUCAUCUCUGAAUUUUCAGAACAGGUUGGUCCUCAGCCUUUACUCACCAUUCCCAAUGAUCCCAAAGUGUGUGGGACAUUUGACCUUAACUACUUCUCACUUCGCAUCAUGUCUGUGGACUACCAGGCGUCUUUUGUUGGGCAUCCUCCUGGCAGUAACUACCCAAGGCUCAAUUUUGUGGAGGACUCAAAAGUUGUCCUGGGUGAUUCCAAGGAAGGGGCGUUCGCUUACGUCCAUCAUCUGACACUGUACGACUUGGAGGCCCGUGGAUUUGUGCGCCCCUUUUGCAUGGCCUACAUUUCCGCAGACGAAAGGAAGAUCAUGCAUCAGUUUCAAGAGCUGUCAUCCGAGUUUUCCAAGGCUUCCGAAUUUCUCAAGUCAGGCAACAGGAAAGCUUUCGCAAAUGAACUGGAAAAGAAACUGAAAGACCUAGAGUACACCAGAUCAGUGCUGCACAAAGAGGCUGAGCUGCAGAAAAUGAACAAUGGCUGUUAUUCCACACAAGCUAUUGAGAAGGCAAAUGAAUUGGCCAAUAUGGAGAAGUCCAUCUAUGAACACAAAGAUCUGCUGAGGCAAAUAACAUCUUAUCCUUCCAGAAAAAAGAAAGAUGUCCAUUUUGUACAACGCGAGACAGAGAAACUGGCUGACACAAGUGUAUUGGAUGAUACACCUAAUAGUAAUCCUUCUGAGAUUGCAGAUAAAACUGUGGAAACUGAAAACGAUAUUAGAAAGUCCUCUUAUACGCCUCAGCUCAUUAAGGGCAAAUCUGCGAAGUGCUUUGAUAAACGCUUGAAAACGAUGGAAGAGCUCUGUGACGCCAGCUUUUUUCACCAAACUCUAGAGCAACUAAACAUAAUUGAGAAGUCUUUCAGAGGAGAUCUGUGCUUUAUUUACACUAGCCAGAUUGACAGGGCUCUUGUGGGCAAACAGAAAGUUACCAGUUUCCUCUUUGAAGCUGAACGCGAAUGGGAGAACGAAGUACCCUUAAAGAACUUCAGUAUUUCUUCCAACAAUCCAACAGUCCCCAUUCUGAACUUAACUGGCGAGCCGCUGAGUCUGGAAUCAUACACAAGCUGCAUAGAUAUAGAUCACAUGAAGCCAGGUGUGGAGUCUAUUGAAGGGCCUCCUGAGUCCAGUUUAUCUGACAUUACGCAGGAAACCUCAGAGGCCGCCGACACCGAGACCAAAGGGAGUUUCAGUAGUGACAAGAGCAUUGAAGCUUUUGGAGGUGUCAGUCCUUCCAGUCUACAGGCAAAUUACUUUGAUGGUCUCGAAAGAAAGAGCAAGGUAUCCAUUGCAUCACCAUCUGAAAGUGCAUCCAGCUCUGUUGCUGUCCCACAAAGGAUGACUGAUGGGAAUCUAGUCCUGAUGGAUGCAGCCUGCUGUAUUGGACAGGAGGGUUUCGUUUUUGAGGAACCUUUACCUGAGCUUGCUCAGGAGUGCUGUGGGGACACAGUGGUGAACCGAGAACCUCUGUCUCUUCUUCAGGGAGACCCUGCCUUACAGAUGGACUACAUUUUGGAAGAGUCAGCCCUUGCAGAGAGCCCAAACAUGGGACUGACUUUUUCUGAACUGAACACUGGCGUUCUUUCGGAGGAGGUGGCGAAAAUUAAUAUCGAAGACGUCUCGGAUAGUACAAGCUUUAUGAGCGCCUCCACAAGUUCUGACCGUGCUGUGUCUCCGUUCACCUACGGCAGUGCGUUGACGCUAAAGCAGAAGAAGAAAGCUGGUCACAACGCUCUUCGAUUCAUCAGGCAAUAUCCAUUUGCUCAGCAAGCCAUUUUCUGCCUUCUUAGUGGCCGAACGCUUGUUAUUUUAGGGGUGGACGAGGGCACGGUGAGGAAGCUAGUCAAUGCAUUGUUGUUUUUCGUUCCCAAUCUCGGAAAGUACGGUGAAACCGUCCAGCCGUGGCUUUCAUCGCCAUUUCAGCUCAUCGACCUGCAGAGAUGGAAACUUAUUGGGUUGCAGAGAGCUGCCUCGCCAGCUGGAUCCAGCAUUCUCCACUCUUUGAAUCGAUACAGCCGUUACAUAAGCAUUUUGGACUGUGACAGCAAGACCCUCCGGUGUCCACCAUACAAAGGAACACUAAUAAGCCGUUUGGCAGACCACAGGACUCAGAUCAAACGUGGCAGUACCUACUUCCUCCAUGUUCAGGGUAUGUUGACUCAGCUUACAGCCAGGGCAUUCCUUUACACAUUCUGCCAUCAUAUUCACCUUCCCAUGGACAUCAACGACCAGGGCUCGGUAACAUCACGUAGGACUAAUUUCUUGUUGCAGCUCGGCUACACUGUGGAGGAGAGUAAAAUCGUCCAGUACCUGAGUGAGCUCAUCAAGCAGCAUUACAUGCAGGGGUCCUCAAAGGGGGGCAACCAGUCUUUUUGUUUUAAUUACACCACCAGCUAUUUGUACAAAAUCUGAAUGUGUCCACUACAUGUUCAACACUGACCCAGAUAAAAUCAGGAGACCACAUGUACUGAAUGUAAUCACCUUUUUUCUCUUCAUGGCAUUCCAGGAAACAACAGUAUAGUAAUAAAAUAGUAAAGACCACAUUUUCUUACACCGGACAUUCAAUAUGCAACCUCUACACUCAACAAACUUUGUUUAGUGUAGAGGUUCCAUAUUUAAAUCUAUUGCCAACUGGCUUUCUGUAAAAUGGUUCCUCUUGUGGUCUGAGGACAUAAAAUCAAGAUUCAGCAAAAUUUCAGCAUCGUUCAAGCACAAGUAGUCUUGUUUUGAAAGAGUAUGUAUAAAACAGCUCAUUUAAAUGUGUAGCUACAUGCUUGUUUUCAUUGACCGCAAAACCAGCAUUCUCUAAUCACCAUUUAAUUAAUCUGGUCCUGGUAUCCCAUUUAAUAAUUAAUGUUGUUUUGCUUCUUUUUUUUUUUGUCCUCACAAGCAAAGCAACUGUUACUGCAUGAAAAUCACAAGCAGAAUUUUAAUGGAGCUAAUUUAUGAGGCAACAGAACAGUAUUUUAUAAUACACAUUCUCAAUAUGCAGCCUUUAUAAAAUGCAUUAACAUUGUGUAUUUAAAUUGGUAGAUAAUUUAAUGUUAAUUCAUGGAUUGCUCAGUAAUUCGCUCUAUACGUGCUUGAUACUUGCUUUCUGGGCUUGAGAAAUAAUGAAUACACUAAACUAAUUAAUAAUGUAGGGAAACCAUGCAAAUUAACCAGAGAUUUACCUUUUUUCUGCCCUCUUACUAGUCAGCAUAAAGUCUGAGGGGAAAAUGUAAUAUUUUGUAUAACUGAAUACAAAAAUGAACAAAGGUUAAAGGCAUUGUUAAACAAACAAAAAUGGAGCCAACUGCCCUUCGUGUUUUAACGUAAUUGUGUGAUGAGGUGAAUGAAUGUACUGCAUGUAAAAUGUCACAUCGUGGAGACCUGUUACACAACUUUUCUGCAUGUUUGAAGAACACAAAAAUGUAACGAUGGCGAAAAUAUGGUGGCAAGAUAUAGACAUGUCCAUUGUGUUGUACUAUUUAGCCUUUCUAGAUAUAUUUCAAAUGGAUAUAAAUUGUUGUCUAAGUUGUGUGCAAGCAAUGUCAGCAUGAGUAACUGUGUGGAUGAAGUAGCACUUCAUUCUAAUGGCUGUUGCACUUGAUGUGAAAUGAACGAUAAUAAUGGUUGUUGCCAAAAUACGUUGUCUGUAAUUGUUAUUCCCAGUACUGCAUGAUAGCAGUUGUAGUCCAGAAUUACAGAUCUUGACUGCCAUCGCCGUUUCAUCACAAGUGUGUCUUAAAAUCAAGUUGUUUUGGCUACCCAGUAAUUAUUGGCCUUUAUAACGAUUUGUUAGAGAUAGAUUUUUCAGCAUUUAAUUGCAGUCUGUUGAAUGUAAAUUGAGAAUAAGCCAUACAAUUAUGCGCACAUUAACUUCUAAGGUUAUUUAUUUUUUUGCCGUUUCUGAACAAAUCUUGUUUGCUGUAACGGUCUUAAUCAUGCAUUUUUGUUGCUACUUUUCAUAAAUCUAUUUUAAGACAGUACUGUGAGCUUGUGUGGGGUAAGGUGGGGUAUACUGUUACUGCUAAAAUAUUUACAAAUGUUAAGCCGAGUACAUUUUGAGGGUCAUCUCUGUGCUAUAAUUUGCUGUCCACUGUGAAAUUUCUCUGCUUUCAGUUUCAUUAAAUUAUUUCUGAUUUA